CUGUUUACAUGCUUUUUUUCUAAUAACUGAUUUGUUCUACACUUGUCCCCUAAAUUUGUUCUUUUUAAUUUUCUUUAUUAAUUAUCUGCACUUCAGCAUAGUGUGUAUGGCACUUGCUUUGCUUGCUCUGUUUGAUGGAUGCAAGAUGGAAACUCCGUAUUCACUGGGCUCCUUGGCGACACAGGGUAAAUUACCUCUAUCCCACCAGAUCUUCGGGUUCUUAAUUUGCAUUUUCUGUUUUCUAUUCUCUUCCGCCCCUUCCUUUUUGUCUUUGUUUCUUUUCCUUACCCUUAAAAUGUCGGCGGCGUGUGGAGUACGCUUUUAUUUGUUAGGCAGUCUUCUACUGUUAUGCAACAAUCUAUUUAUGCCCUUUAAGACACCAAAUCCAAUAACUAGGUCAGGUUACGUUGUUUUCCAUCCUAGUUCAAUACUGCAGGUUUGUACCAUGUGCAACUAUAUGUAUGCCAACAAUAACUACCUACUUGGGAAAUGUAAGUUUAGUAAUACAGAUAAAGUGCCUCACAACAUAAUACCUAGUAAAUAUGUUAUAUGUUGAUAUCUUUAAGACCCCUUUUUAUAAAAUGCUAUAUUAUGCAGUUACUACCUAAUACCUGCCUACCUUAGGUAAGGUACGGUGUGCACUCAAAUUGAUCGUUGAUGUGUCCUAAAUCUUGGCGUUG